AUGGCAACGUCCGAGUUUAUGCCGAAUGAGCCGGCGGCUCGCCGAGCGCUUCAAUCGCUCGCUGAACGAGACCAGACUGACGCCUCCAACCCGCACAGCGAGCAAAAGAUUGACCGCAUCGAGGCCAGCCUCGGCAGCAUCGAGCGGCUGCUCAAGCGUCGCGAGAGCCAGCGCUCGCCGGGCGACCGAGGCCACGUCCCCGACGGCGGCAUCGCCUCGCCCAACGCGAGCGUCACCAUGUCCGACUCGUCGGCCAUCAACACGCCCGCCAACAUUGACUCGACCGAGCCCGAGCCCGACCAGGGCCUCAAUGUGCAGACCGACAUCACCGUCGCGCUGCUCAAGCAGGCCGUGCGCAGCACCACGCUCUACGGCGUCGACGCCAAGAUGGGCGCCGCCCUCGGCAGCCUCUAUGAUCUACUGGGCAAGCGUCACCUGCCCAGCCCGGCACGCGGCGCCGGCGGCGGGGCGUCGCCGUUUCCCAUGCAGAAGCCGGUGCCACCGGGAGGUGUGGGCAAGCUGGAGAUGCCGCCGCUGCAGGUGGCACUCACCGCGAUGGAGAGACUCACAUAUGAUCCACCGACGCUCAUUACAAUGCUCUGCUCCUCGAUUGGUUUGGACGAUAUUGCGGCCGUCUGCAGACGCGAGUACGAGCAUCUCGACAACAUAUCGAGCGUCCAGUUUGUCCUCAUCAACUCCAUCUUGUACUAUGUAUUUGAGGAAAUGAGCAUGCUGGGCAUCUCGCCGGAGAGACUGGCGGAAUACAAGGUGCAUGCUGAGCUGUGCCGGGCAAACGUCGACACCGGCCUGGCCAACCUGCCUCUGCUCCUGUCUUCCACGGCGCAAAACGUACAAGGGCUGUUAUUAGGAGCCCUCGUCUCCAUCGACCAGUCGCGGCCGGCCGUGGCGUGGCAGCUGUGCACCACGGCCGCGCAGCUGUGCAUCGCGGCGGGCUUCCAGAGCAAAAGCGCGUCGGCGCACAAGACGGCGGCGGACACGCGGCUGGAGCGCAUCCUCUUCUGGAACGUGUACAUCCUGGACAAGGCGCUGUGCCUGCGGCUGCACCGGGGCUCGUGCAUCCCCGAGUACGACAUUGACAUUCCGCGCGAGUUCUACUUCCACUACCCGGCGCUGGCCGACACGACGGGGCUGACGCAUUUUUGGCGGCAGUACCCGGCCAACGAGGAAGCGCCGGUGCUGACCGAGAUCUUCCGCAUCGGCGAGGAGAUCCAGCUCUCGGUCAACCUGACGCUCGUGUACCAGGCCGUCGCCGCGCUCGACGGGCAGGACGUCUUCCGCGCCGAGUGCGUCGAGGCCGCGCGCCGCGCCAUGCGCACGCACAAGCGCUCCAUGCACCUCAUGCGCUUGGGCCCGUACGCGCGGUCGAGCUACAUCAACUGGACCAUCCUGCACACGCCGUUUGCGCCCUUCUUCGUCGUCCUGCGCCACGUGCUCGAGACGCUGUCCCUGACCGACCUCGUGCUGCUCCAGGAGUUCAUCGAGUCGCUCAGCCACGCCCUCGACGUCUCCAACCGCCUCAAGCGCUUCCACCAGCUGUGCCACGUCAUGUGCGAGGUCGCCGGCCUGUUUGUCGGCGUCAAGCUCAAGAUCAACAACAGCAGCGCCUCCGUGCCCGAGAUGCCGCAGGCGCUCGACCACGUCAACGACCUGCUGCACCGGCAGUUUAGCAUCGGGCAGGGGCAGCCGCAGCUGGACCCCUACCAACAGCAACAACAACAACAACCACAAUCACAACAGCCCUUGCUGAAGCAGGCACCCGAAAUGAGCUUUGCGCAGCAGGGCUUGCUGCCGCUGGCCGAGGAGGCGGCGGUCAUACCCGGGGGAGAGCCGGUACUGUCAGAAUUACCGGCGGACUGGGACCCGACGACGAUGGGGACCAUGGAUUGGACGGCGGGCUAUGAGAAUAUUCUCAACUUGAUGCAGGAUGAGCUCCAGAUUUUGGAAAAUUACCCCAACGCGGGGCUCUUCUAG